AUGAAAAAUACAAUAGAGAAACUUUGUGAAGUCAUAAUUCAUGAACCAGAACAACCCGAGGUGCCGGUUCUAACAUCCCAGACCAUAAGUUCGGUUCUUGCGGUAACUUCUGGCAUAACCGUGUUGGACUACUAUAUCGUCAACAGCCGUGAGAAGGAUAUUUCCGAAGAUCAUCCAGAAUUAUGUGCUGCACUGGAGAAGGGAGUUAGCGUCCUCUUGGAUUUUACUUGGACCGACAGCAGCCGGAUUAUGAGGACUGCAAAUAAAUAUAACAUUCCGUACAUCCACGCAGAUGCUUCCUCGCAGGCGUUUCUAAGGGUUAUGGAAAACUAUCUUCGGGCGCGAGGUGCCAACGACGUCGUGUACAUAUUUGACAGCGCCCAGAGAGCGGAUGCUGCUAUCUAUUUUUUGAUUACCGAAUCCCAAUUGCGUACGAUUAUUUUCGACCGCCUGAGCAAUGGUACGAUCCAGCGAAUUAAAGCAGUUCGGCCGUACCCUUCAUUCUUUGCUGUAAUCGCCGGAACUGUACAGAUGAAUGAGUUAUUAAAGCAUGCGAUAGCGGGUGGUUUAGUGUCGAAACCGGACAAAUGGAAUCUAAUAUUCACCGAUGUGGUUGCUGACAGGUUCGAAUAUAGUGAUAUGUUCCCCGCAAUGAGUCGUCUAAUGAUGGAUUCAAGUACGUGUUGUUUGUUGUUAGAUUUAGUAAAUGGUUGUAGUUGUCCAGGUGAUUUCAAACCUUGGGAAGCACAUUUGCAGAAUGUUGUGCGAGAGAUAUUGAACAGAGCGAAUACCGAUCGAUUAUCGUUAGUCAUACGUGAUGAAUGUAAUGGAACAGGUUUCGAAGCCAACGAGACAUCCAAGGUUUCAAUGCUUUUGAAUGAAUUUCGGAAUGAUGUUCGGUUUUGGAUUCCCGAUGGAAGCGAUGUUCGGUUUUGGAUUCCCGAUGGAAGCCAAAUGUUGCGUUAUAACAUGAACAUAUCCAUCUGGACGUCCACUGCAGAAGAUGACGCACGAGUUAUUCAAACUGGUACGAUCGAGCGCGGGCUAGUUGUUCCAUUCGACGGGUUAGGUAUCAAAUCAACGCGACGCUACUUCCGCGUUGGAACAACUGAGUCUGUUCCAUGGGCGUACCAAAAACGAGAUCCUGCAACGAAAAAAAUUCUUGUCGAUGCAUUUGGGGAACCUAUUUGGGAAGGAUACUGUAUCGAUUUUCUACAGCAAUUGUCGGUAGUGAUGAGCUUUGACUAUGAUCUAGUUUCGCCGAAGCUGGGAACAUUCGGUAAACGUGAUAAGGAAGGUAAUUGGGAUGGGUUGAUUGGCGAUUUGGUUACUGGAGAAAUUGAUUUCGCCAUGGCUUCAAUGAAGAUGACUGCUGAACGGGAGGAAGUCGUUGAUUUUGUGGCACCGUACUAUGAGCAAACGGGAAUAUUGAUCGUCAUGAGACAACCGGUCCGUGAGACAUCGCUCUUCAAAUUUAUGACGGUGCUUCGGUUGGAAGUUUGGCUUAGCAUCCUGCUAGCAAUCGUAGCGACAGCCGUUAUGCUGUGGUUGUUAGAUAAGUUCUCACCAUAUAGCGCCAGAAACAACAAGAGCGCCUACCCUUACGAGUGCCGAGACUUCACGUUGAAAGAAAGCUUCUGGUUCGCGCUAACGUCUUUCACACCACAAGGGGGAGGUGAAGCACCGAAAGCACUCUCAGGAAGAACUCUUGUUGCAGCCUACUGGCUAUUCGUAGUUCUAAUGUUGGCCACCUUUACUGCCAAUCUGGCUGCUUUUUUAACCGUGGAACGCAUGCAAACACCGGUUCAAUCGCUGGAACAGCUAUCACGCCAGAGUCGCAUCAAGUAUACUGUGGACUAUUUCAAAAACAUGAAAAAUGCCGAGGAUGUUCUAUAUCAAAUGUGGCGUAACUUGACACUUUCCAGUGGUAACGAUCAAGCACAGUAUCGUGUUUGGGAUUAUCCGAUAAAGGAACAGUACAUCAACAUUUUGGCAGCGAUAGAAUCAGCUAAACCAGUAAUUUCAGCCGAGGCUGGAUUUAAACGGGUCAACGAACGGCUUGAAGCAGAUUUUGCAUUUGUACACGAUUCGGCUGAAGUGAAGUACGAGAUAUCGCGUAACUGCAACUUGACCGAAGUUGGAGAAGUUUUUGCCGAACAACCAUACGCAAUCGCAGUUCAACAAGGCAGUCAUCUUCAGGACGAGUUGAGUUACUAUAUAUUAGAGCUGCAGAAAGAUCGCUUCUUCGAAUCACUGACUGCAAAGUACUGGAAUAACUCAGCAAGAGGUGUCUGUCCGAAUACUGACGACAGCGAGGGUAUUACGUUGGAAAGCUUGGGGGGAGUAUUUAUCGCCACGCUGGUGGGACUAGCCCUGGCCAUGAUUACAUUAGCCGGUGAAGUUUUGUACUAUCGUCGCAGAGAUAGAAAGAGUAAAUUGAUAAAGGUAGAACCAGUACAGGAUAAUCAGACGGGUAGGCUAAAGGAUAAAGGUUCAUUGACGUUUAAAAAUUUAUUAACAUCAGAUUCAAAACACAACAAGAACAAAGUAGAAAAAAAAGUUCCGAAGGAGAUCACCAUCGGUAGCAAGUUUGUCCCGGUUUCGGAGAAACAGCAAAAGAUAAGCUAUAUUUCGGUGUUUCCCAGAAACCCAAACAAUUGA